ACGAAUUCUAAAAGAACUCUGAAACUGAGUUAAAUGUAUUCAUUUCACGUCACAGUUUAACCAACCCUUCUGACCUGAGUGCCUUCCUCCUCCAUCUGUUUGUUCUCGAAGAGGAAAACUAUCGAGUUCUGCGGAAGUUCGGCUCUUCAGUCCUCUAACUUUGACUCUGUGGAUCCGUCCAGGAGCGCUGCUGCAGCCGUCAGCCACAGUUUGAAUCUGGCGUCCAGAGAGACGCACCUCUCCUUUCCUAUUAAAAAAAAAUCUAUUCCCUUGUCAAAGUAAACUCAGAACAAUUAACUGGAUGUGUUUGGGUUUUUUUCCCUCAGUUUCCAUCCUGAACUAUUUUAGUAUUGAUGGAGAAGCCGGGGACCCAGCUGGAGAGCUUUUACGCACCGCGCCUGCUGGAGCGUCGAUUCAAAUGACAGUGUAGGAAAAUCAGAAAAGUUUGCUGCAUAUUAGAGAAGCUGAGUGCGGACUGUGCAUCAUGAGGUACGGCUUGGUGGUGCUCACUGCUGGGUUUACAGGUUUGCUCAGUUUUAGCCUCCUGGCUGUGGCGAUCGGGACCGAUUAUUGGUACAUCAUCGAUGACAAUACAGCCGACCACUCAGGUCCGGGCGACCUGAGCUCACAUUCUGGACUGUGGAGGAUUAUUGAAGGCGCGAACAGCAGCUCAGUCAUCCCUUCUUUCACAGCCAAUCUGACCAGCCUGUCGCCAUCAGACAGGCACCUUCUGGGCUUGCACAGGGUGGUGGUCAUCAUGUUGCCUCUCAGCCUGGUCCUCCUGGUGUUCGGCUGGAUCUUUGGGCUCGUCAGUUCGUUGGCCGGCAGUCCAAACCUGCUGGCCGGAUCAGCAUCCUACGUUCUCUUCUGCAGUCUUUUCACCUUGACUGGCCUGUGCAUCUACAUCAAAUACUCCAACCAGGCCAUGGAGAACUUCAAGCAGGUCGCGCCCCAGGAGAGCCUCGUCGAUGUGGACAUGUCCUACGGCUGGUCCAUGGCCGCAGCUUGGGUCUCCUACAGCCUGGAGGUGACCACUGGCCUGCUGCUCAUGCUGGCUGCCAGAAUAACUCAGAUGAAGGGACACUAUGAGUCUGGUGUAGCCAUCGCCAUGUUAUAGAAAACAGCUUCAUCCAAGACCCAAAUGCAAAGGCACAGCUUUGCAAUAUGAGCUCAGCGGAGAAAGGAAGAGUGUCGUCGAUUGGUGUCAUUUUUAUUUUAUGUUUUUACAGUCGCUAUAUAAGGUUAUUCGACUUGAGGACACCUGCAUCUCCUCCGCACCCCUAUCUUUCAGUGUAUUUAAAUGUGGUUCAAAUCAGUGGCUCGGGAUAUUAGGUUAAAGCGAAGAUAUUGCUGAUUCGGCAGCACAGAACCACCAAGCAAGGGAGCCACUGACACUCUAGCAGACAGUCGCAUCUGCUGCCUCGUUGGUCCAUGUGUGAGAAGAAAUUUGCCAUUUUCACAGCUUUUGAGAAGCAGUAGACAUUUUGGUCGAUGUUAGAUGUAGAAGUUAAGAAAAUUAUGGCUACUUUGUGCCUUCUGCUUACAAACUUCUGUGCCCAGCCUCCUCGCAGACACAUUAAUCAUGCAAACGGGGCUGAGAAUAAGGACACUCUGGGGGAACCUGCAAGCUGGUUUCAGCAGUACAGAAAAUGUGCAUGUGUUGCUGCUUGCUUUGCAGCAGCUAAUGGCUAGAUGUUGUAAUAUUCUGUCUUUGCUGUUGGGUUCUAGACACGAGACUUGUCCUCUCUGCAUACUGUGAGAAAAAACAGCACUGUGUAAAUGCAACGUUGCGUGCUUUGAAUUCCAUAAAAACAAACCUUGCUUACGAACUCCUUUUGUGAACAGAAUGGCUUAGCCUUUUUUGUUUUUAUAAUUUACUGUGACAGCAAUAAAACAGGAAUCCAGCUGUAGGUCAAUACUUGAAGUAGGAGGCAGAGAAAAGGCCACAUUCACCAAAUGCUUUCAGAUUUCAGUGAGUAAUUUAAUCAAAUUGAUGGAUGUACUGAAGAAUUGGAGAUCAGAUUGCAUCGUGCUCAUCCAUGCACUGUAUAUUUGUUUUAGCUAUAAUAAAAAAAUGAGAGAACACGUCUUGCGGUUAGUGAAACAUUGAGGAAAUUGCUUCUUAUGUUGAAAGUGGGACUUCCUGCCUCUGAAUGUAAAUGAUGCACAUCGGGACUGAGGGCAGACAGAUAAACAACUGUGUAAAGAUUUUUAGAAUCUCUGAUCAAUACGCUGUAACACUGUUGACUGUAAAUGUAAAAUUAAUUCAAACAGAGGUGUUGUGGCAACAGUGAAGAUCCAUGCUUUCUUGCCUUUUAUGAGGUUGCUGCAAAAGCUGAUUUGAGAGGUAAAGAAGACAGUAUGACAAAGACAUGAAUGGAGCGUACAAAGCAUCCAAAAAUACUUUGCAAGAGCUUUUUUUUUUUUUCUUGCAAACAAAAAGACAAAAAAGUGCUUUUAAGAGAAAUACGGAAUGUACAACAACUAAAACUCUAAACAGAAAUAAACUCCACAGGGUUCCAAUUAAACAGAAGUCAAGCUCAAGUACAAGUACCACCUAUGACACACUGCUUUCCACUGGUUUCCCAUUAACACAAGUUUGUACCGGAACAUUUUUGACUCAUCCAUGACUGAUUGUUGCACUUAAAACAAGAGUGAGAACAUGCUGUGAGCGGCAAAGUAUAAAAGCCAGGACUACCGAGCAAAUUCUAUUCAUGUUGGGAGAAGACAUCUGGAGCAAAAGGCGGACUUCCUUUUUGCGUGUUGGCCGAAAGCUUUGUUGCAGUCCAAUGAUCUGCAGUGUGAGUGUUUCCUGACAGCUUUACAGGAAUUUUCAACUGAGUUGCCAGAAUAAAUGUUGGCAAAGUAUGUUUCUGCAUAACCACAAACUCUGCGUGUCUCUUUGUUGUAACUUCAAUUAAAACUUUCUUCCUUUGUCAAAAUGCUGUGCUUAGCUCUGGUUAGGUUUAGCAAGGCAUGAUAGUUUGGCUUAAAAUACCUGUUUUGGUCACCGCAGAAACAAUUGGAGUUAGUCCAGUUUCUUGUUAAAAAAAUAACCUGUUUUGUCAGCAUCAAAAAUGGUGGGAAAUGAUUUGACUUACCAUGAAAAAAAUGCCUGUUUUGUUCAGCACAAAAACAACUAGAGAUGGCCCGCCUUUCCCUGAAAACCAUCUGGUU